AUGCGUGAAAUCGUCCACAUUCAAGCCGGUCAGUGCGGUAACCAGAUCGGCGCCAAGUUUUGGGAGGUCAUUUGCGAUGAGCACGGGAUCGAUCCGACUGGCUCGUACUCCGGCGAUUCGGAUUUACAACUCGAGCGCGUCAACGUGUACUUCAACGAAGCCUCCGGCGGUCGAUACGUUCCGAGAGCGUGUUUGGUCGAUUUGGAACCCGGGACGAUGGACUCGGUCAGGUCUGGUCCGUACGGACAAAUUUUCCGUCCGGAUAACUUUACGUUCGGACAAACUGGCGCUGGUAACAACUGGGCCAAAGGCCACUACACGGAAGGUGCUGAGUUGAUUGACUCGGUGUUGGACGUCGUGCGUAAAGAAGCCGAGUCGUGCGAUUGCUUGCAAGGCUUCCAAGUUUGUCACUCUUUGGGUGGUGGUACUGGUUCAGGCAUGGGGACGCUCAUGAUUUCCAAGAUUCGCGAGGAAUACCCGGACCGCAUGAUGAUGACUUUUUCCGUCGUCCCAUCGCCGAAAGUUUCCGAUACCGUCGUCGAGCCGUACAACGCGACGUUGUCCGUGCACCAGUUGGUCGAAAACGCCGACGAGUGCAUGGUUUUGGACAACGAAGCGUUGUACGACAUUUGCUUCAGAACGUUGAAGCUGACGACGCCGACGUUUGGUGAUUUGAACCACUUGAUUUCCGCGGUCAUGAGCGGCAUCACGUGCUGCUUGAGAUUCCCGGGUCAAUUGAACGCGGAUUUGAGAAAGUUGGCGGUGAACUUGGUGCCGUUCCCGAGGUUGCACUUUUUCAUGGUUGGUUUCACGCCGCUCACCUCUCGCGGAUCGCAACAGUACCGCGCUUUGACCGUUCCGGAACUCACGCAACAAAUGUGGGACGCGAAAAACAUGAUGUGCGCCGCCGACCCGAGACACGGUCGUUACCUCACCGCCUCCGCUUUGUUCCGCGGUCGCAUGUCCACCAAAGAAGUCGACGAACAACUCUUAAACGUCCAGAACAAAAACUCGUCGUACUUCGUCGAAUGGAUCCCGAACAACGUCAAAUCAUCCGUCUGCGAUAUUCCUCCAAAAGGGUUGAAAAUGUCCGCGACGUUCAUCGGCAACUCUACCGCGGUUCAAGAAAUGUUCAAACGCGUCUCCGAACAGUUCACCUCCAUGUUCCGGCGCAAAGCGUUUUUGCACUGGUACACCGGCGAAGGCAUGGACGAGAUGGAGUUCACCGAAGCCGAGUCGAACAUGAACGACUUGGUCAGCGAGUACCAGCAGUACCAAGACGCCACGGCCGAAGAAGAAGCGGAGUACGACGACGAAGAGAAGGAAGACGGCGAAGCCGCUUUCUAA